GAAGCAGACGAUACCAUUUGCACACAGACCCUCCGCAGCAAGGGUUCCCCAAAAGAUGGCUCUCGUCGUCAUCGUUCGAUCUUGAUAAAGCUGUUUUUCGCAGCACAGCUCAUGCAGCGGCGCGAUUUCCCCUCCAGAGUGCUCAUUGACACCCUCUAAGCGGUGUGUAAUCGCCGUUUGCCCAAUUCUCGACCUCUGCUCGGACUUCUCCAUCAGCCGGAUCGACCUGCCCUCUCUGGCGCUACUCAUUGCUAAAGGGGCGGAUUGGUCGGUCCUGAAGGGCGCGGCGUGGUGUGUUUGGUGGUGAGGCGGCGUUGGAUCGUGUGAUCUUGAGUCGGGUCGUUGGUGAGGAUGUCGGUCGUUCAGAAGGACCGUAAGAAGAACUAUGGGUCGGCCUUCUUCGAGCGCGAGACCCUCAUAUUCACAUCGGUGGAGCAGAUGGAAGCCGCCGGCAAGGUCAGACAAGAAGCAUGCACGCAACGGCUGGUUGGUUCAAGUGGGGGAUGUGUGUGUGGGAAAUGUGUGUGUGUGUGUGUGACUUGGUUGGCUGGCUGCAGAGGAACCACAACAACUUGUCGUUGUGCAAGAUGCUGCGCGAGGAGCUCUGCAGCAGCCCCAAGUACAAAGUCAGGAGAUCAGACAUCGCCGUCCCUACCGCAAGUGAGUCGAUUGAUGAAUGAACGCACUCACUGACCACACACACACACAGGGACCCAUGAUACACCCACCUCUUCCAUGUGUUUUGUGCUGUGUGGUUUCAGAGAUCGAGGAGUGCGUCGAUGUCGUCAACACGGAGCGCAAGUUCGACCGGCCCCCACACUACAUCAGAUUCGCCUCCAGAAAAGACUUGUAAGCAAGAACUACUCACACCCUCCACACAGACACUUGCGCCACCCCUCCCUGGCUCCCUGUCAGUGUGCCGUCUCUCAUAUGCGACAACGGCGAGUCGGCCGACCCUCCCGACCACCAGCAGCACCAGCACCAACAAGCCAACCCUGCCAUGUCGUCCGUGUCGCUGCCCAGCCGACACCACCGCGGCAAGGCCACCGACGAGUACCUGGGUCGUGGGUACGGGACAGGGGGCCGCGGGGACGACCCUUUGUACUUGGUGCAUGGUCGGGGCAUCCACGUGUUCUACGACAUGACUGUGGCUGACAUGGAGUGGCUCAAGCAGUACAACAGUGGGGCCGCACCGGAGGACCAGCUCAAGGAGGUGCGUGGGGAGGAGGAGAGGAAAGGAGUGGCGGGGAGGGGGGAGAGGGGAUGCCGACUGUUGGUCUGUGUGACUGCAGGACGACUUUGCGUGGAUGAUGCACAGCUUGGAGUGGGAGCACCAGUACAACCCCACGCAGCCGCCAGAAUGUCAGCAACCAACGACACACAUUCACGACAGACAGACAGAAAUGGGAGAAAGUAUCUGUCUGUCUCUGUGUCUGUCGUCAUGUCACCUGUCUGUGUGCAGCGUUGUCGAAUGAGUGGGGUGUGUCCCAGCUGACUCAGCUCAACCGCUCCAGGGACCAGGCCAGGCACCUCAAGCCACACGUGUGUGUGCUCGUCUUCAAGGUCAGUCCAAAUGCAACUCAGGGGGGCCCACCCACACCUCUCUCUCUCUAUGUGCGUGUGUGUGUGCAGCAUUGGCAGAAGCGUCGUCAAGAGGCGGGCAAGCCGCUGGUCCGCGCCUUCUGGCAAAACGCACCACCCGACUCCAGGGACCCAAUGGCGGUACGCACACCGUACUGCAGACACACAUGCACAAAUGUCGAUCUGUGGAUGGAUGGAUGGAUGUGUGUGUGUCUGCAGGUGUUUCGCCCCCGUAAGACGGAGAAGAUGCAGCUGAGGGGCCGCAAACGGACAUUGCAGGUGGGAACAGGAAGGGAGGGUCAGAGAUGGCAUAGAGACGCGCAGAGAGUGUGGUGUGUUGGGUGAAUGUCGGUCCAGGAUUGCCUGGCCCGCUGUGAGCAGCUGGCGGACCACUUCACCAAGGUGCGUGUCGCACAAAGACAUACACAAGUUCAUCGAUGCCUCAUGUGUGUUGGCUGCGCUUUGAUAUGUGCAGGUCGAGAAGAUAUUCCGCCGGCUGCGUCAGCGUGAGGACAAGAAGAUCAUGCUGGCCGACCUCAACAACUGCCUCUUCGACCAACAGUGGUAAGGAAGGGCUCACGCGCACGCCACACCGAGAAGCAUGCCAAUGUCUGUCUGAUUGUGUGUUUGUGUUUGUGUGUGCUUCAUUCAGCAAGGAGAUGCUGCUUGACGACAUGUCAUACGAGUCGGCGGACUUCCCCAGGAUCAGGGACCAGAUCAAGAGCGCCAAAGCCAAGAAAAACAAACACAAGUAUGUUCGUUCAUCGGUCCCUCCCUCCCUCUGCACAUCACACAGACACGUUGGUCAACGGCUGCGGCCAUGCGUGUGUGUCGUCAGGUUGGGCCCUCAGUACGUCGUCCCUGGCACCGGCCCCAGCCCCCAUAUGCACGGCCUGGGCACUCCCUCCUCCCUCCCAUAUGAAGAUCUGCUCAGAGCUGGUUGGUACCACACACAACACACACGCACACUACACACACACACAUGCAUUCUCAAAUGACUGACUAUGUGUGGCGUCACGUCACUGUCACGUACAGGAGGUCCUAUGGGCAGCUUCUCCCAGAUGGACAGCUCCCUCAUGCUCAUGGACAUGGAGCACCCGGCCGCAGCCAACGACGAGGAACGGCCAUUCAUGGCCAACGAGGUCAGCCAGCCACCAGAGAAGGAGCGGAUGACACCAGUGACAUCAAUCACAUCACAUCACACUGCCGUCCAUUGUGUGCGUGUGUGCAGUACGACGCUGUGUACGGCGGCCGCCCGUCUGAGGCCCUCAUGAGACCCAACCAGCGCACUCGGCUGAGAAGAGGUCAGUCACAGCCACACACGCCAAACCCAUGUGUGUGUGUGUGUGGGUGCAUGUGUGGAUGUGUCUGUGCGUGUGUUUCCCAGGUCGCGGGGGUCGCUGGUGGAUCGACUGCUCCGCCCGGUGGUACCCAUACGCCUCUCAGCUUGCCCCUGCAGGCGCCUACACAGAGGCCAAACGGCGCACACACAGACGGGGCUCCGACUCGCUGCUCAACUACGGCUACCAGCACCUGCCCAAGAGCGUCCGCGGCCCAUACGCCGGUGCGCGCCACCGGCAGCUCUCCCCGAUGCCCCUCAUCAACAACUUCCAGCCCUUCGAGCCGGCGCGUGAGGUGCCGGACAGCGUGGGCGGGCUGGUGAUGAGUGGCGGCGCUGUGUCGCCAUUCGAGCCUACAUUCGCCACGCCAUCUGACUGGGGCAAUGUCGACACCAAUGGUACGUACGGAUGCCUGGCAAUGGGGAAUACAGACAGACCUUCUAUGUCACUUUGUCUCUCUCUAAAUGUCUGUUGUCUGUGUGUCAGGUUCUUCGUUGAGUGAGGACGGUGCGCGCGAGUGUGUGCGUCUGGAGCGGAUCAUGGCGUUGGGUCUGGAGGAGGACACCCGCCCCUUACCGCCGCCCACCGACCCCAACAAGGACCCACUCAGCAGCAGAGAGAGGGCCGUCGUCGAAGGCCUCAAAAACGACGCCAAGAACGUCUAUCGGGUACGUCCGUCCACACACACACUCACACAUCUACAUGCACAUUGGCAUUGGUGAUGUAUCUGCUGGUGUGCGUUGUGUGCUGUGUCUGCAGGACAUGUGUGUGCCGCCGACAUUGGAGGUGAGGCCGCCGCGGGUCGCCACGCCAAGGGGGAUGCCCACAUAGCUGUCUUAGAAAGAUAGAGCCAGGAAGCCUGGCUGCUGCUGUGCCAUCUAGCGAGGGAGGGAGCAGACAGACAGACAUUUAGAGGAGGGGUCGUGUGUGAGCAGGGUGGCAGGGACGACGC